AUGCACCCAAAAAGAAGCACAGCAUUUUGAAGAAUGUGACGAAUAAAAUAACAAUAAGAUAAAGAAAGGAGAAGGCAUUUCAACUAUUUUUUUAAUCUAUAACAGGCGAAGAACACUUAAACUUGUCAUCAACUGACGAACAAUUUUUUCAUUGUUACCAUCUUGGACGGCUGAUUAUAAAGCAUAUACUUAAAGGCUUAAAGCAUAUCCUUAAAUAUUCUUAGAAUCUACCCUUAACUCCCUAGAUUGUUCCAUGCAUUACAAUACCACUUUUGUAAAGACAAAUCAAUUUCAUUUCCAAUCAACGUAACACAACAUUAUUGGAUAACCAAUCCUAAUCUCUAAUGUCUGUUCCUACGUAAUCAGCCUCUUUAUAACGAACUACCAACAACCUUAAACAAUAAAUCCUCCUGUAAUUAAACUUUUUCUCUUUUCUCGAGCUAAUUAAGCCGUUUGAAUACACUUUACUUAAUGGAUCAAAGUCCUGUUACUAAUUCAUCUCAUGUUAUUAUUGUUUACGAUGCGACUCGAGAUCGCGGAGUGCAUGAACUCAGGCGUACCAUUGACGAAGUACGAUUGAGAGGUGAUAUUCUUCGCAGAGGUGAUACUCUUAUUAUUCUUGGCGUUCUUCAUAAGGUGCCUAAUCCUAUGGGAUAUAUGAAAGCAUGCCCUGAAUCGUUUGGAGGAGCAAGUAUUAAAGCAAUGGAAGAGGAAGUUUUAAAGAAAAUUGAUGUGUAUAUAAAAAUGCUGCUUAGAAGUGCCCAAGUUUGUGAAGAUGAAGGGGUAAUUAACACAUCUUUUGCACACAAAGGGGUGAGUAUUGAAGUUAGAAUUACAGCAGGAUCUCCCAUGAAGCAUGUGAUUAUACAAGAAGUUGUAUCUUAUAAAGCAGCUUGUGUUGUACUUGAUAGGCAUUUGAGAAGGGAUUUGAAGUAUUAUCUAAAACAGAUACCAUGCAAAGUUGCACUGAUCCAAGAUAAUUUAUCAGUGGUACUGAAGAGACCUCAUGCAACUGAUGAAACAGAUCCAAUAGAAGUUGUUAGGUCUAUUUAUUCCAUGUCCAAAUCUGUUCCACCUUUGACUUCUCUAAAAGCUUUUACUGACAAUGAAGGACAAUUCAGCAGCACUGUCUCUUACAAAACCAACUUAUUUUCUAGUACUUCCUAUGAUAUUUCUGAUACACCCAAGUCCACAAAUAGCAGCUGGUUCCCUUCUUUGGAUUUUGGACACUUUUCUAAGCCAUAUCCAUCGGGCACUCCCAAUAUCAAAGCAGAAAACGAAUAUUGUUCAUCAAAUCAAAUCCCCUCAAAAAACUAUAAGAGUGCAUCAAGAUGGGAAUCAACAGAAGCACCAAUUUUGUGUUCUUCAUGUGGAGCAAGGACUGAAUUGUACAUAAAAGAUUCAAUGCAAUUCAGUUUCUCUGAGAUACAAAUUGCUACACAGAAUUUUUCAAAGGAUAAUUUAUUAGGUGAAGGUGGGUACGGACAUGUAUAUAAAGGUGAACUUAAAGACGGACAAUUAAUUGCAGCAAAAGUACACAAAGAAGCAAGCACACAGGGUUUUACAGAGUUUCAGUCUGAGGUUUAUGUUCUAAAUUUCGCUCGCCAUAAGAACAUUGUCAUGCUUCUGGGUUAUUGCUGCAAGGAGAAUCUUAAUAUCCUCGUUUAUGAGUAUAUUUGUAAUCAAUCUCUCGAUUGGCAUUUAUUUGAUACGGAAGCAAACACACUAGACUGGCACCAGAGAUAUUCGAUUGCGAUUGGAAUUGCAAAAGGGUUGCGCUUUCUUCAUGAAGAAUGUCGCGGUGGUCCUAUUAUUCAUCGGGACGUUAGGCCUGGCAAUAUAUUGCUCACACAUGACUUCGUCCCCAUGCUUGGAGAUUUUGGUCUUGCUAGAUGGAAGACUACUGAUGAGGUCCAGACAAGGAUACUUGGCACUUUUGGAUAUCUUGCUCCAGAAUAUGCAGAAAGUGGACUUGUUUCUGUAAGAACAGAUGUGUAUGCAUAUGGAAUCAUUCUCUUACAACUACUUUCAGGACAAAAAGUUGUCAAUUCUAAAAGAGAAGAAGGACAACAAUCACUUCGACAAUGGGCAGAGCCAUUGAUUGAGAAUCUUGCAUUACAUGAGCUUAUUGAUCAACGUAUAAGAGAUUCAUAUGACACUUAUGAACUGUACCUCGUGGCUAAAGCAGCAUAUUUAUGUGUCCAAAGAAGCCCCGAAAUGAGACCGUCCAUCGGAGAGGUAAUUGGGCUUCUGGAGGGGGAAAAUAACCAUUUGAGGGAUCAUGUCUUACCUCAUUAUACAACAAGUUCAACAUAAUAAUUGCGUUUUAAUUUUACACAUGUAUCUCUCAUUUUUCUCUUUUAUUUUUAGCUCUAUAUACCUUCUUAUACUACAUAAAAUUACCCUUAUUU